CGCGGCAUCAAGAUGAUCCCCCCGGGCGUCCACUUCUUCCACUACAGCUCCGUGGACCGCCGCGACGCCGGUGCCUCGGGGCCGCGCACCGGCUUCUUCCUCAGCCUGCGGCGCCGCGACCUGCGCGUGCUGCGCUGGGACCCGGCCACGGAGCUGGUCGACCUGAGCCCGGCGCCCGCGGAGCAGAGCGAGGCGAUCCGGGCCAACCUGCUGGAGAUGGACCCGUUCCUGGGCCCCUACCCCUACGACACGCUCAAGAAGUGGGUGUCGCUCAGCAGCUGCAUCAGCGAGGCGGUGAUGCAGACGCUGCAGCCCGAGAGCGGCCAGGUCUGCGCCUUCUCCGAGGUGCUGCCGGUGCUGGCGGGGACGCACGCCAAGGACCGGGCUGAGCAGAACCGGCCGCCCUACGACACCGAGUGCAAGAGCUAUGCCGAGGGCCUGGCCCGGCUGCCCGAGAUGAAGCCCAAAGCGGGCACCGAGAUUCGGUUCACGGAGGUGCCGACGCAGAUGUACCCCGACGGCGCGACCCCUGAGGAAAUCACCAGGCACAACAUGGAUCUCAGCUACGCUCUGGAAACCGUCAUAAACAAGCGAUACUCCAGCAAACCUGAGGAUGUGCUGGGUGAAUUGCAGUUUGCUUUCAUCUGUUUCCUGAUUGGGAACGUGUAUGAUGCGUUUGAGCACUGGAAAAAGCUCCUGAAUCUCUUGUGCAGGUCAGAGGAUGCCAUAGGGAAGUAUCAAGUUCUCUACACCAGUCUCAUUUCUGUCCUGUACCACCAGCUCAGUGAAAUCCCACCUGACUUCUUUGUGGACAUAGUUUCCCAGGACAACUUCUUAACUAGCACUCUACAGGUCUUCUUUUCCUACACCUGCAGCACUGCAAUGGACAGGACACUAAGGAAAAAGGCAGAAAAAUUUAAGGCCCACCUAACUAAGAAGUUCAAAUGGGACUUUGAUGCAGAGCCUGAUGACUGCGCCCCAGUGGUAGUGGAACUGCCAGAAGGAGCAUUAUUGGAAUGAGCAAAAUCUCUCUUACAACCAACCAUUUCUCUUUUUCCUCAUCCCUCUUUCCAAACUUGCCAAUUUCUGAAAAAUCUGUAUCUCAUUCUGUGAAACACACCUCGCAGCCUUCAGCCAGUUCCUCCUCUCAUGAUAGGCAUGUAUCUGGGAUGCCUUGCAACAAUUCAUAUUUGCUCUCCAGGACAUAGCUUUCUCCCCCAUGGAUUUCCUCAUGGUUCCAGGAGCUGCUGAAACAGAGAAUAUCCAUGCAGUGCAAUGCAUCUUGGUUACUUCUCGAGUAUUCUAAUGAUGUACAUUUACCUAGUUCUUCUACAGCAACUCCUUUCAUGGAGUCAACCAGGUUGUUGAAUGACCACAGAAAACUCCAUGUGGAAAUAUCUGUAUUUAAGAAUCUGGAGCUUGUGUUUCAGUUUGACACCUUUAGAAUUAGGGGUGGCUGAACUGACCUGUGAUCACUACUUCCUUCUCCUGCCUAUUCCAAAGUUAGAAAUCAAGGAAUUAUUUUCUGAUCGUCAGGGCUCCCAUCUAUGGGAGUGUAGCUAACCAUUGAGAAACAGUGUGCAGGAUUGUAAUGCUUCUUAUUUUAUUUUUGCAGAAGUAUGUUGUAACAAAAAAAAUGACCUGCAUUAAAAUGCUUCCAUUCCACACUUCUAAAACUAAUAUAUCCUGUUCCUCCAGUGUAAUUGGUAUCUUUAUCCAGGUAUUGCCAACUUAUACAAUGCAGAGCAUCUGAGCCUGUCUAGCCUGACGUGAGAGAAUCUUUACAGCUUGGUAACCAGAAAUUGAUUGGAUACCACCUCAUAGCCAAAGCAAAAAAGCAGUCAUGAGAAGGUCAGAUAUUCAUCACUGUCUGUGUCCUUGUGGUUUAUGGCAUUGUUGCAAAUCUUCAUGUAAAAUUUCUUUGCUGUUAAUUGGUAACCAUCUCAUGUGGAAACUCUGAAGUUCAUUCAGAGCAAUGAAAAUGCUGUAAAAUAGCUUGAAAUCCGUUAGAUGCAUCCCUGCCUUGUUGCCCUGUAAUAUGUAUUCUGGAUUGUAAUACUGAGUUGAUUUUUUUUCCACAUGAGAAUCCCUACUGUGUAGGGAUUUAGUAGUCAUUCAACUUGCUUGUUUCUUGCUCGAUUAUUAGCCUCAUUCAGGAAUUUGGUGUGUGUGUCUAACAAGAUAACUUGCUUGUUAGUCUUUUUCACAGGUCAAAAUAAA